AUGGCCGAAGCACUAGGCGUUGUAGCGAGCGCAAUUGCUGUCAUCCAAUUAUCCAAAGAAGUCAUCAGCGCUUGCCAAUUCUACAUCGAAGCGCUCCGCUCCGAUGCACCUACGAGCUUACGCACCCUUUUAAUCGAAGUAUCCACACUCAAGUCGGUUCUUGAGAACCUGGAAUUCAUAGCCAAAUGCGAGACCUUUACACCCGCCUUGCAAAAUCGUCUGGCUGCCUCUGACGGCCCUAUUGAGGGAUGUAAGGCCGCGAUGACAGCACUGGAAAAACUGUUUCCAAAACAGUCUCUUCAGAGCGGGCAGAAUGCGUCAAAGCGGCAGAAAGUCCAAGCAACAUUCGCAACAUUGGCCUGGCCUCUGAAGCAGGGCCAGGUACAGGAUCUUCUCCAGCAGAUCAGCCGCCAUAGGGAUGGCAUCCAGCUCGCUCUGACGACAGAGGUCACGAAAGAUAUAAAAGAUAUCAAAGCUGCUUCUGAAGAGAUCCGCUCCAUCUUGACGGAGGAGCAACGCCAUAGAGUGUGCAGCUGGCUAGCAACAACUGAUCCUUCACCAAUUCACAAUCGGUCGCGGCAACUAUAUGAAGACGGAACCGGGAGCUGGAUGCUUCGCUCACAGCACUGGGCUGACUGGCUUGCUUCAAAUACCCGAUGUCUUUGGAUCCACGGUAUUCCAGGUUCCGGCAAGACGAUUCUCGCAUCUUGGUUGAUUGAAAACGUCCUAAGUCAUUGCGAGAGGGUUUCGACAAAGAAUGCGCCUCGCAUGAGCGUCUACUACUACUGCUACUUCGGACAUCAUCAAGAUGAGGCGGCCCCAUUUCUUAGAUGGGUCAUCACUCAGCUCUCCCGCCACGCAGAUGUUGUUUCGACUCUGGUACACAAUCUCUUUAGACGCGGCGGGGAACCGAGCAUUCCUGAACUACUUGACGCGUUGGAACAGAUACUGCAGGUCUUUAGCUGCGCCUACAUCGUGAUAGACGCUGUCGACGAGAGCGACCACCGUGACCAAUCACUCGAGGUCUUUCAUACCCUCGUCACUGAUCUGAGGUUUUCCAACCUUCAGCUUCUUGUCACUAGUCGCGAGUACAUUGAUAUCGAACGAGUGAUGGAGAAAGUGUCUGUGUCCGUCCCAAUGGCAAAUGAACUGGUUGAACAGGAUAUUCGCCUACAUGUUCAGUCAGUCCUACGAUCAAACCCAAAGUUCCGACGCUGGCCUGAUGACCUCCUCAUUGAAGUUGAAGAUGCUGUUAGUACCAAGGCAAAGGGAAUGUUUCGGUGGGCCGUUUGUCAACUCCAUGAAUUGCAGCGCCUGAGAGGCGAUCGUGGGGUGGUUAGCAAGGCUUUACAAAGACUCCCUAAAGAUCUAGAUGAGACUUAUGACCGAAUCUUCCUCCGGAUACCACAAGAAGAUUGGGAAUUUGUUUCUCAUGCCUUUCAAUGGCUUUGGUUCUACGGCGAGCUCGGCCCUCCCGAUAACGGCACUCCGUCUGUUCUUCUAUUACAUGCAAUUAAAAGCAGCACAUUGAGGACAGAAAAUGACAACAGUAAUGUUCUCUAUGACUCCGAGAGACUACAGGAACUUUGUGGAUGUCUUAUUAGCUGUCUGGAAGACUCUAUAUCAUUCGCCCACUACACAGUCAAGGAGUAUCUGACUUCGGCCCGAAUAUGUCAAGGCCCGCUCCUAGCCUUUUCCACAGGAAAGACUAAGGGUUUAACCACCUGUUUGGAUACUCUGUUGCUCCAGGCGCAAAUAUGUGCAUCACAGGAUCUCAAACAACUCGAAGUGGGUGACAUUCUGCAAUUAGACAAUCUUGAUCUUUGGAGAAACCUGAGCCGUCAUUCUGUUUAUUAUGCAAUUGAUUCACUUCUCAUAUGGGGCAAAGAGAUCUCUGAGACCGAUGACCUCUAUGGGCGGGCGACGAGGCUCCUACAUCCCUCGACACAGUACUUCAGGUGCAUUGACAAAUCUGGAUAUAAUAAGAAUGAAGGAAGGUGGUUUCAGUUCCUCUUGCAAAUUGGAGUUUCCGAAAAUACCUAUGCUCAUGCCGGGAGGAUUGACUGGAAAGAACAUCUAACAGACAGUGAUGCAUCUUUGUUUCUGAGCCUGGUUCUCCUGUCUGACAAUCCAGAAUCACCCCUGUUAUCUAGAUUCAUGAAGGAGGCGGAUAUCAAGGCACUUUUCAGCAACAGGAUAUCACUGAGAAUUCAAAGUGGCUUUAAUAUCUAUCGAAACGGACAUUGGAGCUUCAUUAUUGAAACAUUCGAGUUCGAUGGACCAAUAAUGGAUAUACUCGUUCCAUUCUUCUCUUCAGAUUCGGAGCAUCUUCAAAGUUUCCUGGUCAACUACAUAGGACUUUACAAUCCUUCUACAACUCUUAUCUGUUAUAUAAGCUAUUAUACAUCACAGUUACGGUCCGACAUUAUAUACAAUCGUCCUUACUUCUGUCCACUGCGACACCUAUUAGAAGUUGGAGCUCAACCCAAUCUCUCAGGAUAUCCCAUUACACCACUGCAGAUAGCUGUUGCGGGUCGAAAUUUGGAAGCGGUUCGUGUACUACUGCAUUUCAGGGCUGAUCCAAAUUAUGUUGGCGAACCACUGUGCAGCGCUUGGCCAGCAAACAGCGUAAUGGCCAGUUUCGAGCGAUUCCACGGCAUGUCGCCUCUUCGCAUUUGCAGAAGCGGUGAGGCUUUGUCGUUCACAGAAUAUCCCUACGAGGACAUCAUAGAAUCAUCGACGAAAACCAUUCGACAGCUGCUCCUUGCAUAUGGUGGGAAAGACUUCCAAUUAGAACUGGGUGAACUAUGGACGAGAUAG